AUGGCCAGUUCCGCUGCAUCAGGGGUGACAUACCCAGCACUCCCCAAGACGCUCCUAAUAAUCUCAUUGAAGAUGUAUUUUACCCCUUCGCGGACGCUGGAAUACCUACGAGCUUUGUUGGAGCCACGGAACGAGAUCGUCUGCGCAAGAAACAGAUCAAAACUUCUACUCGCCCUCGUCCCGGACUUUCUAACUGUAUAUCCAUGUUCCGAGGUGAUCAAGGAGUUCACCACCAAACAGUUUGAUACGCUGCAGUCGACGACAGGCCCUGUCCCCGAAUCCUUGUCGCAACAACCUUCCUUCCUGCUAGGGGCCCAGGAUUGCUUCUGGGAGACUGCGGGCCCAUAUACAGGGGAAGUGUCUCCUGUCAGUCUACGCUCGAUGAACGUGUCAAUUGUUGAGCUAGGUCAUGCAGAGCGUCGGGCAAUCUUCAAGGAAACAGACGAACAGGUCGGUCGGAAAGCUGCAGCCGUCAGCGCGCAGGGGAUGGUCCCACUUGUCUGUGUGGGCGAAAUACCCGUCCCAGGGCCUGUGAUGUCAGAGGCUGUUGGAGUGGCGGUAAAGGAGUGUGAAGUUCAGGUCAGAGCGGUGCUGGAUGCGAUUCCGCAGGAUGCGCCAUGUAUCUUUGCCUAUGAGCCUGUAUGGGCAAUUGGGCAGCCAGUUCCCGCUGGUGUUGACCAUAUAGCUGCUGUGGUUCAGGGGAUACGGAUUGUGAUUGAUAGAGUGCGCGGUGGGACAAGUAAAGGGGAGGUCAGAGUGAUAUAUGGAGGCAGUGCAGGACCUGGGCUUUGGGGCCAGGGGGGGCUAGGGAAAGCCGUGGAUGGCAUGUUCCUGGGUCGGUUUGCGCAUGAGAUUGAGGGCGUGCAAAAGGUAGUCCGGGAAGUUGAGGAGAGCCUCGAGUAA